AUGCUAGGCGACGAGCGUAGGAGAGAAAGCCACUCCCCAUCUCGUUCAGUCUGGAAGAUAGUGGAAUUUUUGCUUUCAACCCGUACAUACACUUUUCACAGAUCGGAUUCUCGGCAUCAAAUCAAUAAGUCAGAGCUGGCUCGGCUUUCGGGAAAGAAGAUCUCUUUCUUUCUUUUGCAGCUGAGGCGUGAACAAGAAGACCAGGUUCUCGGCAUCUCAGAAUCAGAAGGAAGGUCUCAUUCCAGUUUGAUUUCCAUGCCUGCAGGAAAGAUAGAAGAUCGGGAAUGCCGAAUCUUAAUAAUAUCUGUUUGUGAUUCAAAGCAAAGUGCUUGA